GGCAGGACUUCCUUUCUCAACGAAUGCGGUUUGGAUGCACCAGCAGAAGGGCUUGGUCAGUGUGGAGGGUAGCACCGGUCUAUCUGUGAGCUUGUAGUCAGCUAGCUACCUGGGAAACAGACGAUGCAGGGUGGGAAAUAGUAUCUCACCGGCAAUGUUAACCUGAAACGUUUUGUGCAUCACCACUACGGGAAAAUGUCCGAUGUCACCAAGAUCAUCCAGAAAUGGCACGCAAGUUUCAAAAAAGGCACGGACUUUGAUUCGUGGGGACAGUUAGUUGAGGCAAUUGAUGAAUAUCACAUACUUGCAAGGCAAUUACAGAAAGAAGUUCAGUCAACCAAUUCACACGACUUUUCAGAGGAUCAAAAGAAAACAAUUGGAAAAUUAUCAACAUGUCUAGAAAUGCGAUGUGCUUCUCUACAGAAUGCACAGUCCGAAGAGGAAUUCAAAUUGGAGGACCUAAAGAAACUGGAACCCAUCAUAAAGAACAUUCUCACACACAACAAAGAUUUUCCUUUUGAUGUACAGCCAGUGCCUUUAAGAAAAAUCCUUGCUCCAGGAGAGGAGGAGAAUCUGGAGUUGGAGGAGGAAGAGGACACUGCCGCUGGGGCCGGGUCACCAGAGUCCUUUCCUUCCAGAGUGCCCGCUAUGCAAGGCACUCUGCUGCCGCGGUUACCGUCGGAGCCUGGGAUGACACUACUCACAUUAAAAAUCGAGAAGAUCGGGCUGAAGGAUGCAGGGCAGUGCAUUGACCCCUAUAUGACCGUCAGUGUAAAAGAUCUGAAUGGUGUUGAUGUGAACCCAGUCCAAGACACGCCAGUUGCUACUCGGAAGGAGGACACCUAUAUUCACUUCAACAUAGAUGUUGAGAUCCAAAAACACGUUGAAAAACUACCAAAAGGGGCAGCUAUCUUCUUUGAAUUCAAGCACUACAAACCCAAGAAAAGGUUCACCAGCACAAAGUGUUUUGCCUUUAUGGAAAUGGACGAGAUUAAACCUGGCCCCAUUGUGAUCGAGUUGUACAAGAAGCCAACUGACUUCAAAAGGAAGAAACUCCAUCUCUUGACGAAGAAACCACUCUACCUUCACCUCCAUCAAACUUUGCACAAGGACUGAGCUCCGGCAAAGGAGCAUGUGGGACAUCAAAUAGCAUAUCAACACGCCCACAACAUGGAAAUGGUUUUCAACAAAACACCAAAUUUUUUAUUUUUUUUUGGUUCACCUCCAAUCUCAGCAAUACGAUAUCUACUGUUUCACAGACAGCUCUGCAAGACAAAGGGCCCAAAAACGGAGUCGCAGACAGAUGCAACAAACUUGACUUGUGGUCGAAUUUUGGUUUUCAUCGUUGUCGCAUGUCCUCUGAAAAAAAAAAAGGAGAUGUUAAGUCAUCUUAGCAACCACUUUCAUCUCAGUAGUCUUCCUUGUGCACUCCUUAGAAGAAACUCGAGGUUGUUGUGUUUGCGAGAAUAAAAUGAAGUUGAACGUAUCCAGUACUUUCUUUGAGAGUUCAAAGAGAGCCAUGGCAUUUUUGGGGGGGAAAAAAGAUGUCAUUUUGCAUCAAAGGGCUUGAGGGUCUGCAUGACACUAAAAUGGGUAUACUUUUUGUUUAACUAUUAAUGUGCCGUUUCUACCAUAUGAAGUGGUUAACCCUAAAUCUUUAAUCAUGCUGUCCACAUCUGUGUUGUAUUACUUGACGUUUGAUUUUAGAUUUUAUUUUUGUAAUAUCAGAAAUACAAGGCUAAUGGCUGACUCUGCUAAUGUUCGGUGCAUCUGAUUGUGUGUGUGUGUGUGUGUGUGAGUGUGUUUGAGUGAUGUGUUCAUCUGCACGGAUGGUCCAGAAUGUUGUUGUUUGGCAGAGAGGCUUGAUGACCGUUGACUAUUUACACUGCUUUCAUUUCUAAUAAAUGACAAUGCUGCUUGA